AUGGCAAAAAAAUUUUUUGAAAAAACUAAAACACAUUUAAAUAUAGGAACUAUUGGUCAUGUAGAUCAUGGUAAAACUACAUUAACUGCAGCUAUUACUUCUUAUUUAUCUAAAAUAAAUAAUACAAAAGCAAAAAGUUAUUCAGAAAUUGAUUCUGCCCCAGAAGAAAAAGCUAGAGGAAUUACAAUUAAUACAUCUCAUAUAGAAUAUGAGACUAAUUUACGUCAUUAUGCUCAUAUUGAUUGUCCUGGGCAUGCAGAUUAUAUUAAAAAUAUGAUUACAGGAGCAGCACAAAUGGAUGGUGCUAUUUUAGUUGUUUCUGCUACUGAUGGCCCUAUGCCUCAAACAAGAGAGCAUUUAUUAUUAGCAAAACAAGUAGGAGUUCCUAAUAUAAUUGUAUUUUUAAAUAAAAUAGAUAUGGUAGAAGAUAAUGAAUUAUUAGAAUUAGUAGAAUUAGAGGUAAGAGAAUUAUUAGAUAUAUAUGAAUAUAAUGGGGAUUCUACUUCUAUUAUAAAAGGAUCUGCAUUAAAAGCUUUAGAAUAUAUUGAAAAAAAUGAUUUAAAUAAUAAAUGGGUAAAAAAUUUAAAAAAUUUAAUUGAAGCUUUAGAUAAAUCAAUUCCAGAACCUAAAAGAGAUAUUAAUAAACCGUUUUUAUUAUCAAUAGAAGAUAUUUUUUCAAUUACAGGACGUGGAACUGUAGUUACUGGUAAAAUAGAACGAGGAAAAGUUAAACUUAAUGAUACUGUAGAUAUUUUAGGAUUUAAUUUAUUAAAAACAACUACUGUUACUGGUAUAGAAAUGUUUCAAAAAAUAUUAAAUACGGCAGAAGCAGGAGAUAAUGUAGGAAUAUUAUUAAGAGGUAUUCAAAAAAAUGAGGUUAGACGUGGAAUGGUAUUAGCUAAACCUUUAAGUAUUUUAACUUAUUCUAAAUUUGAUGCAGAAGUAUAUAUUCUUUCUAGUUCCGAAGGUGGUAGAAAAAAACCAUUUUUUGAAGGAUAUAAACCUCAAUUUUAUUUUUAUACUACUGAUGUUACUGGAACAAUUGAAUUUUUAAGAAAUCCAGAAAAACCAGAAAUGAUAUUACCUGGAGAUAAAGUAAAAUUAAGAAUAUCUCUAAUGUAUUCUAUUGCUUUAGAAAAAGGAAUGAGAUUUGCUAUAAGAGAAGGAGGAAAAACUAUAGGAGCAGGAAUUAUUAUUGAUUUAAUUAAUUAA